GGGAGAGCACGCUUACAAACUAAACAAACUAUCACGAAAUCUCGAAAAAUGAAAGAAACAGUUUGUCAUCACUUAUAUUCUGAUUGCAGCAUUACAUUUGCAUUGUACAAAGAUGUAACUAAUGCUAAAGAACUAAGACAGAGUGUAAUGAAUGGAGAGUUUGAAGCUACCUUAUUAAAAACAUCGAUGGUAGCUGACCCAUUCCAAGUUCUUGUUGCUGCAAACCGAGCUGUACAUCUACACAAAAUAGAGAAAAUGACAACAAAAAAUGUUCAUUCAGAGAUCCUCUUCUGUUUGUCAUCCACAAAAAAUAUUUCAGAUUCAUUUCGCAAGUUUGGACUUGGUGAUGGUGAUACAACAGUUUUUGUUGUGGUGUUGAACGACAAAGAUGAUGCAACAAUGAAUCUCAUUCAGUCAAAAAUACAAGGAACUCAGAUACCACUUACUGACGUGAAACAGUUUACAGAUGAAAAGCUUGUAAAGAAGUUGUACAAAGUAACAGACACAGAAUUGAGUUCAUGUUCCCUUACCGAUGCUCUAGUAUCUAAAAUUGCCAGUAAAGAAUUUGUGACAAUCUGAAGCUCCAGUGCUGUGAUAUAAUUGUAAAGACAGACUAGCAACAACAUGUUGACACUGGAAAAAGACCUCGUCACUGAGAUAUUAAAGCAAACAACAGGCCUGGGAUUUUUCAGGUUUUUGACAGCCAGAAUUUUGCUGUAUGCUGGUACUCUAUUUAAAAUUGACAUUUCAGGUGCUAGAAAGUUGAUUUACAGGCUUCUCAUGUUUUAAAGAAUCUCAGGCCUGAAAUAAGCUGUAAAAAGGAAGUAGUUACAGAGUGUGACACAACUAAGCAUUUUAUUAUGGUUUAGAGGGAUACAGGGAAAUGUCCGUAACUGUUAUAACAGUUUACUGGCUAGCAAAUGUUUAAAAAGUUAAAUUUGUAAAUGAUAUCUGUUUGUUUUUACAUACCUAUCAUAAGUUUUGUAUAUACUUCACAGUAAGAUAAUUGAGCCGUGCCAUGGGAAAACCAACAUAGUGGCUUUGCGACCAGCAUGGAACCAGACCAGCCUGCGCAUCCGCGCAGUCUGGUCAGGAUCCAUGCUGUUCGUUAACAGUUUCUCUAAUUGCAGUAGGCUUUAAAAGCGAACAGCAUGGAUCCUGCACAGAUGCGCAGGCUCGUCUGGAUCCAUGCUGGUCGCAAAACCCACUAUGCUGGUUUUCACAUGGUGCAGCUCAAUUAUAAUUACAGCAUAUAGCCUAAGUAUUUAACAUGUAAGAUGCUGCUUCUGCAAGUAUGCAAUACGAAAUUGUUGAACCAAACAUGUUCUCAAUAUAAAUGUGACCAUAAACGCAACAUUAUUCUCUUACUAUUCUAUCUGUAUGUUGGGAAGUCGGGACUCAUUAAAAUAAGUUAGUACAGGAAUUCUGUUGGCGUAAGACAUUUCCAUGCCCAACUUGAAUAUUGUUUAGACAUUAAAUGCAGCUAAACAAAAUAAUCUGUGCUGUAGUUAACAUUUCGGUAGCCUUUACAGUAAUGUAGCCUUCACAGUGCUGUAGCCUUCAGUGUGGUGCAGCCUUUAUAGUGGCCUAUUAAAAUUUUGUCACCAUCAACUUGUGUCAGUUUUGCCAAAAAGUUUUCAUGAAUGACUGGAUCUUAUAUACCAGUAACAUGUUGAAUACAGUGAUCCUGUUAUAUGUUUUAUAAUAUUAAAUGUAAAGAUGUAAAA